CAUCCCCGAUCCCCCCUCACCGCUACCGCAUCGCCUCCCCACCCCGGUAUCCUCUAGAUGCACGUUUUCUGAUCGGCGAUUUUCGACCGCAAAAUGGCCGCUGCAACCCACCCCAACUUCCGCGAUAGAAGUAUCACCCAGCCCCUGCUCGAGGCCGACGAGUACGAUGAGUACUCGUGGGUGCUGCUGGAAGACCAUCCGUUGCGCUCGCCUCCCGCCGAAUGUUGCCCGGGUAUAGUUUGGGUCAUCCACCGCUGCUGUGCGGCGGUAAGCAAGAGAUGGAGCGAUCGCGCCCUCUCGUUGAUCUGCUUGUUCUUGAUGUUCUUAGUAGCCAUCCAGUUUUUAUCACUCUUGCCAUACGGCGUCUCUUACAUUUUCCUUCGCGAGCAGUACAAACAACAAACGGGGUUCGUCCAUUGGCCCGUGGAGUUCAACAACCAGCCCGCUGCUUGUAUCUCCUACAAUCCACGAGCACAUUCGAGUGCAAUCCAAUACUCUGUUGCUGCGGGCUGUACCGGCAUCAAAGCGGAUAUCUGGCUCCAAGAUGAUGACCUUCUUGUAGGCCCCUCGACGUCAAGCCUCAAGAAAGAGUCAACCCUGCGCAGUGUCUAUCUGGAGCCACUACUGGACCAACUGGAUGCUAGGAACACAGACGAGGCUCAGUCUGACCACGGUACCAUGUCAGCUUGGACGGGACUAUUUGAAUGGAAUCCAAUGCAGCAAGCUACCUUGUUCUUGGAGAUACGAUCCUCAACGCAGGACGUGUGGCCUCGUCUCUUCUCCGAACUGGCUUUGCUAAGCGAACGAGGGUAUCUGACCCACCGGAAUGGGACGCUGGUUGUCCCCGGCCCCAUCACCAUCGUUCUAACGGGUAGGGAUCAUGUGAACAUAUAUGAUACCCACCUAGUUGACCAUAAAAACCUCGUCGAUUAUCUAUUCUUUGAUGAGCGAUUGAUCGUGGACGCUGAAGGGUCUGCCGCCACCCCAGCAUCAACAGAGGAUCAACAGGACCACUUUGAACAAAGCUCAAGGAUCUCAAUCCCGGACUUGGACAUACCACCCCUUGGUAGAGCAAUUCAGCUGUACAGCGCAUCCGUCAAUUUCAGUACGGCCAUUGGGUCGCCUCAUCGAGGUCGAUUCUCCCCACGACAAAUUGAUCUGAUCAAGAGCCAAGUGCGAGCCGCCCAUCAACGGGGAUUGUUGGCUCGGUAUGAGGGUAUUCCCUGCUAUUCAGAGGGGAUGCGACGCAUUAUCUGGAGGAUCUUGGUUAAUGAGGGUGCAGACUUUAUUGAGGUUGACUGGACUGGAUGUGCUAGCCGGGGCUGGCGACGGUUCUUUAGUAUAGGAGCCCGGGACUGGUCCGGCAACCAAUCUCGGCAUCUUCUUUGGCCAUGGGGUAAGUAGUAUGUGGGCGGAAGAUAAAUAAUGAUAUUGAGAAGUAUAUAAUGCGUGUGAUGGGAGGAGCCGUGCGUAUGUAUUUCGCGAGUAAGAUAUCGCGUAGGACCUUGCAGCCCGAGGGUUACCAAGGUGCUCCGUAGAUACCACUGAAAAUAUACCCAGCUUGCAGCAUACCAGAAGGAAGGGAUUAAGCAAGGAGUUCAGAGGUUAAAUCAUCGGCAAUGUGGCAAGCGGCAAGAGUCGAACAUUACGCCAUACCUGAAAGUCGGAACGGAUGAUUGUCGGGAUCGUAGGAUCGGCCGUGAAAGGGAUGAGGACAAAUCCGCUUACGAUAAGAACAGUACUGGACAUCAGAUAUGACGCCGGAA